CCAGGGUGCUGCUGGGGUUCAAAGCAACUGUGUCAUAUUUUGGAAGAGGGGCUAAUUGGUUGUUUUUUAGGUGCCUGGGGGGGGCAAGCAGACAGACAUCACUUCCAGCUCUGAACGAGGCCUUUUAGGGAGGGGUGCUGUAGUCUGGCAGUGUGCCAUCCCCUUCCAUGGUCGUCUUGAGCCAUACAGUCAUGCUUGGCCCGGUCCCGCCCUUGGGGAAGAAUGGGCCUCUCUGUCCGGAGGCCUCUGAGACGUGCUGAGCAUCCAGACAUGGCAAAGCGCCUGCAGGGUGUGGGGUCUCCCCUGCAGGAUCUGCUUGUUCGUUUCCGGCGGGAGAAAUGGACAAUGGGGUCUCUAAGGACCGUUUCCCGCCACUGGUCCCAUUGUUGCCAUCCCUGCCUUCCUCCUGGGCCUCUAUUGGGCAAAAGGCUAGUGAGAUCCAGGACAGACAAAGCCUGUGGCUCGAAAGCCUUUGAGUGAGGUGUGUGCUAGGUUUCUUAGGACAUCAAUCAGAUUCCUGGGAAACCGCUUCAGCUCGAGUGCUGGGCAGAGUGGGAGUGGAGUUCUAGAAAUGCGUGACCUCCUUUGAGGCUUUCCAUCGGUGCAUCAUCAGUCCCAACAGACUUUUCAUUCAGACUGGGAGAGUGAUAAGGCUGUCCAGGGAGCAGACAUAAGGUUCCUUGCCCCAGACUGCCAAGGAAGGUACCUGGUGGUGCCACGCCCUACAUAGGUCCUGGGAUGACCACUUUGGAAUAUUUAUAGUCAGAGGACUUAAAUCACACCUGUGUGUAUUCUGAGGGUGGACACAGAGCAUGCUCCGUUUAUGUAAACUGCUUCUGGAGAGGGAGGGGUGAUGAGGGUAAGAGGUCACUCCUGAAGAGUAGGUAACACCAUUUUCUCCCUCCAUAUCAGCCUCUGAACUGGCCCCUUGCUAAUUCCUCUCAUCUCCCCAAGCUCCGUGGAGUGCUAAGGGUUUAGACCCACAUCUUUCCAUCUGGCAGGGGAAGGCUGGUCCAGCGGCCUCAAGUCUGCUCUAGGGAACAGGUAGUGAAGGCAGAGACUGGGGAAUGGUUGUGUGUGAGAAGAUGGACCCAAAUCACAGGAGCUAACCUGGGAAGCCCUGUGGAGACCAGAGGCAUCUCCAAGUAGAGCUCUGGUAGCUGAGGAGAAGAGUGUGGGUGCCAAUGUCAGGUAAAGUUGCUGGGGCUUUCUAAGUGCGCUAGGUCUGAGAAUACUGCCAGGAAGAGCAGACAAGAAUAGCUGUGUCCAAGCAACCCUGUCUAGAAUUCAGUGUGUGGGAGGGUUCUGGUAUAAUUCUCCCAGUGGCCAGAUUCUGAGCUGGAUGGAGCAGAGUCUCUCUGUGCAGAAUACACAUACACCUGCUGCCUGCCUUUGGACACCUGUCCUGCAGAGGGUUUUGGAGGAUAACACUCUGCACCUGAGGGAUAGAGUGGCACUCUUGGGCAUGUUCAAUUUGGAAGCCAUCAUUGUGUCUGCUAGGGAUAGCAGAGGAGGAUCAGGCCCAGAGUGAGCAUAGACAAGGAGCACCUGACAUUCCCAGACAUUUAGCCUUGAUGCGAGUGGUCGGGAUACAGCAGCUUGACUCAAGGCUCCUAUCUCUUUCCAUGCAGGGCCUUACUGGGAGUCACUCAACCCUUUAUUUUUGAAGGAAGGAGACCUUCCGGGCUCCUGGGCUGUCUUCCACCCUAGGCUGGGCCCGCUGCCAGCACCCAGCCGCUCACAUCCGGCCCCCUCCCUCCAUACUCACUAGAGAGCCAACAUCUGUCUCUAUCUGCCCACCCCUCUCCUUCGACCCCAGAAUACUGUUUCCCGCCUAAUUAUGUCGCUGUAGGGUGGGGAGUGGGGGUGAGUGGAAGGACGUCCUCUGUGGUUUGCUUCUGGGUUUUGGGUAGGCUUUCAGGAAAGGAAGUCUUGGUCAACAGAAUUUGCAUGGGAGUGAUUUUCAGUUAUAGGCCCUGGCUAUAAACCAAGUCUGUGGGCCAGAAGCAGUACAGCCUCAGGGGGAUCUAGAACUGAGAUUCCAUAUGGUUGUCUGUAGAGUGGACCCUGAAGCUGGCCGCUGUAUGUCUCGGACCGUAGACCCACUCGAGGCAAACUCCGUAAUUCUCAUCUACCGCCUGGGUCAUCGCGACCCCAAACCAUCACUCGGAACCCAAGGAGGGCCCCCCGGUUGAUUGGGCGGAGAAGAAUGAGUGUCGGACUGGCUGCGGAGGCCUCUUCCACUUCCGGCGUCUGAUGGGGCGGAUACCUAGGCUUUUGCUAUUGCGGCGGCUGCUGCUGCUAGUGUAGGCUCCGAGCGGACAGAGCACAGCUCAGGCCGGGGGUGCAGAGGGGAGGGCAACGGCUUCCAGCUACCAGCCCGGAGCCUUGGGAAGUACGACCUUGAACUGCGUGUCUCUCAAUCAUGGAUCAAGACGACCCAGCCGAAGCGUUGACUGAGCUGCGGGAGAAGCGGCUGGGCUUGCUAGAGUUAUUGCAAGCGGCAGCAGGCUCGGGAUUGGCCGUCUAUACUGUGUGGGCGCUGCUGCUGCAGCCGGGCUUCCGUCGGGUGCCUCUUAGACUGCAGGUGCCCUACAUUGGCGCGAGUGCCCGGCAGGUUGAGAACGUGCUGUCACUGUUGCGAGGUCGCCCUGGAAAAAUGGUGGAUCUAGGCUCUGGUGAUGGCAGGAUCGUGCUGGCGGCCCACCAAUGUGGUCUCCGUCCAGCUGUGGGGUAUGAGCUGAACCCGUGGCUUGUGGGACUUGCACGGCUGCAUGCUUGGAGGGCCGGUUGUUCCGGGAGUGUCUGCUACCAUCGAAAAGAUCUCUGGAAGCUCCCUCUGCUGGAGGACAAGCUGCAAGUGGAGCUUCCUGCAGGGGCCCGUGUGGUGUCUGGACGGUUCCCCUUUCCCACAUGGAAGCCUGUAGCCGUGGUGGGCGAGGGCACCGACAGAGUUUGGGCCUAUGAUGUCCACGGUGCUGGGCCAGCUGUGUCUUCCAGUGGGGUGCCCAUCAAGGCCAUCCCAGAGUCCAGUUCUACCUAGAUCCCUAGGGCCCCUGCUUGACAAGCUGGCUGAUUGGAUAAAAUAAAGACUCUGUGGGUUCA